CAGUUGAGCUCAAUAUUUAAAAAAAAUAAAAAAAUUGAUCUGCCACGAAUGUGUAACAUCCAGGGAGUCCGCAUGGUAAGUGGCAAGCUGGCUACCAGAGGGCCAACAGGGAAAAUGGCUGUGAACGUCCCUUGUGUAGCUGUGAGAGGAUCAACCGGCAUCGGCUUGAGUUAUGGCCCUCCAAGGUACGAGGAAGUGUCUUCCUUCGUCAAAGAUGACUACAAAAAUUGUAAGGCCAUGUCGUUCAGUCCAGAUGGUAAAUAUUUUGCCUGGAUUUCUGGAGCAACUGUUAAAAUCGCAUCGUCCAGUACUUGGGCUGUUGUUGGUGUAAUCGAAAAGCCUAAAGUAUGUGCGAUUCAAUUUUCAACUCUUGGUACAUAUUUGAUGACAUGGGAGCCAUUUAUUGUGUCACAAACUAAUCCUCAAGGUAGCCCUCAACUUCAUAUAUGGAAGUCAGAAAACGGUGAACUUGUCAAAAGUUUCACCCAAAAACGUCAAAUUGACUGGGAACCUCAGUGGUCUGAUGAUGAAAAAAUAUGCGCAAUAUUAAUAAAUACUGAUAUACUUAUCUACGAAAACGCUGAUUUUGAGAAGGAAGUUCAUCGUAUAAAUGUAACAAAAGCUGGAAGAUUUAAAAUAGCUCCUGGAAAUGCUCCUUACCACAUCGUUAUUUAUAUGCCGGGCAAAACAGGACAGCCAUCAUUCGCACGACUAUUUGAAUACCCAAAACUUGACACCGCACAAUCGUUAGCAACCAAGAGUUUUUUUCAAUCGGACAGAGUUGACUUUUACUGGAACGCCAAGGGUACAAGUGUCCUGAUAAUGACGAGUAUGGACAUAGACAAGACUGGAGCUUCCUAUUAUGGCAAACAGGCCUUGCAUUACCUCAGUACGAAAGGCGACACGGCGAUAGUAACACUGGGCGAAGAGGGUCCGAUCCACGCGUUAGAAUGGUCACCGAAAAGCAACGAAUUCGCAGUCAUUUAUGGUUUUAUGCCGUCCAAAGGAACUUUGUUCAAUUUAAAGUGUGACCCAGUGUUUGAAUUCGGCAAGAAACAUCGGAAUAGUAUUUAUUACAACCCACAAGGUAACAUUUUAUUACUCGGUGGGUUUGGUAAUUUACGAGGAGGUAUCGAGUUGUGGGACAUGACCCAGAGAAAACUUAUUGCUGAAGCUGAUGCUGCGGACACAACUUUGCUCCAGUGGUCACCUGACGGUCAGCAUUUUAUGACUGCAACUACAGCACCAAGACUGAGGAUGGCCAAUGGGUUCAAAAUUUGGCAUUACACUGGUACUCUCCUGUUCGAAAGACCCUGGAAUAAACAAGAAGAACUGUGGGAAGUACUGUGGCAACGUUUUCCAUUGGAGGCAUUCCCUGAACAGGCAAUCAGUUACAAAGCUGUCGAGGGCAUUGCACCGAGUGCACCUCAAGCUUCGAAACAAGUUUACAGACCUCCUUCAGCACGUGGUCGGACGAUUAAUUUCAAACUGCAUGAUGACGAUGACAAUGAUGCGGCGAAAAAAAAUACGGGUAACGCUCCAUCGAAAGCUGCACUAAAGGCCAGGAAAAAACGUGAAGCUAAAAAAGCUAAAAAAGAACUGGAAGCAACUGCUGCCCAAAAGACUAAUUCUAACGGACAAGAAAAUAAUCUACUUCCUAUCCCUACUCCGCGAUCUAAGCCUACAAUACCUGAUCCCGAUCUUACUGAUGAUCCGGAGAAAAAUAAAAAAAUUAGAGUUAUUAAAAGUAAACUGAAGAAUAUUAUUAAAUUAAAAGAGCAACAAGCUGCCGGUAAGCAGUUAGAAAAAAAUCAAAUUGAAAAAAUAAACAAAGAAGAUGAUCUACAGUUGGAACUCGCUGAACUCACGUUAUGAUCUGAAGUUGUCAUUACUCUCAUCAAAAAUUGUAUAAAAAACAAAUUAAAAACUGUAAUACUCUGACUUACGAAAAAUAAAAUCCGUCAGCGUUUACAAAAAAAAAAAAUUACAAAUUUGUAAUGAUUGUAUGAUUUGUAUGAAUGUUAAUUGAGACUGCUUAUCGUAAAUGAAUUACAAAAAUAAAUUCUUCUAACAUUUGCGUGUACAAAAAUGUAAAAUUAAAAACAAAACUGCAUAAUAAAUAUUUGGGAAAA